GCUGUUGGGAGCUUCUGUGGGUAAUUUAGUAAAUAGACGAUUCCGGUGGAAAUAUCCCUGCUACGAAAGUUCGAACUAAUGAAAAUAUUGUAGUGGCCAGGCUGAAAGCCUGUGUAUUGAGCGUCGUACAUUUAAUUGUUGUGUGAGUGGGCAUAUGGUUUAGUACGCCACUGGUGGGACUAGGGGGUUUUGUUACGUACUGCUGUCCCGUGCAGUUAAGCACAAAGCAGGGGGCGCAAUACCUAAACCGGGAUCCCGCGUGUGUAUUCGCGUUUGAACAGUUUGAGCGGUAGUCUGUUACAUAUUUCUGCUCCAACAUCACGCGUCUCGUUGACAUACUGUCUGCUCCCUUCGUGGAUCUUUUAGACCCUCAGAGUCUGAAACAGCUGUAGAGUUCAGUCUAAAAUUAGUCGACAGUGGUUACACUAAGUUGGUUCGGGUCUGGAGACUAGUUGAAUACGCACGUGGUCGAGUAGACAUCGUCGCUUCGUUCUCCUGAACUUUCAGAAAUUUAUGUGCAAAUCGCUACGACCUGCUCCCCUAUGCGAGAUCGCCGGAGUAACUUCACCAAAGAGUACAUAAACAACAUAGUCAAUCCGUUAGGAAAUAGGCCAGCAAGACCUGCAGAAAUCGCGCGUGCUAACGAAGAGCGCGCGGCUACCGUCUUAGAGCCCGCAGAAGAACCACCAAAAAAUAUGCUAAUGCCGAGUGCAGGCAUAGGGUCACCAGAUGCUGAAACCCUUGGGCUGACAGGACUGGGGGUCUUGGGUACAGCUGGUACCUUAAACGGUACUGCCGUACAGAACAAAGACACAACGUUCACAAAACUCUUCGUCGGCGGGUUGCCAUAUCACACGACCGAUAAGUCUUUGAGGGACCAUUUUUCGGUUUAUGGCGACAUUGAAGAAGGAGUAGUCAUUACUGAUAGACAAACGGGCAAAAGCAGAGGAUAUGGAUUUGUUAUAAUGGCAGACAGAGCUUCAGCAGAGAGAGCAUGCAAAGAGCCAAAUCCCAUAAUAGACGGAAGGAAAGCCAACGUAAAUUUAGCUAUUCUCGGAGCGAAACCCAGAGGAAACGUACCUACCGGAUUUCCGUUUACUGCAGUAAGACCAGGAGCUUACCCCACACUCCUACCUAGUCAAUAUGGAAUGCCGCCCAGCUACAUGUAUCAGUCGCCCUAUUUGGCAGCUACCGCUCCAGGCAGUCUAGUUCAGCUACCAGCCACGCAGCUAUCUCAUGCUGCAGCGGUCGCAGCUGCAGCUACCUCACAGUUUUAUGAGUACCAAAAUGCUGCCGCCGUUGCUGCGGCAGCCGCUGCACCUUAUACCGGCCAGUAUACCAAUGGGUUUGAUGCAUAUACACCCUAUACAGGAGCUGCAAGUGCAGCUAGUUAUAUGCCUUAUACAUAUGCAGCUUUGCCUCAAACGCCUGGUAUACCAACAGCGGCAACUACGACAGCUUUUCCAGGCAUCCAAUAUCAAACUGCUGCCCAGGCUCCUGCUCUACAGGAGGCCAGAUUACAGUAAGUCGACGGUUGGCUGUAGAAUAUGCCUUAUCUACUUCUUGGUAAAUGAGACAAUCAGUCGGAUAUUCUUUAAGCAUAAUACCCUUCGAUGUAAAAGAUCGUAUUUUGUUUAUUUGUCGUAUACAGAUUUACUUAAAAAGUGCAUUUCCACGAUAGAACUCAGUGUAGUAAUAAGUUUGUUGGACGUUACAGUAAAUAAAUUGAUUAAAGUAUUUUGUUUCUGAUUCUGGGUAAAUAUGCUUAAGGACCACAAGGACCAUAAUAAAAACAACUAUUAAGCUAUUUAAAUUAUGAAACUUCUAGCGGUUAGCCAGAAUAACGAAAAUAUGAUCUGGAAAAAUUAGAGUUGAAAGUUCUAGAAAAUUCUAUUUUUUUUAAAUAAAUCAAUAUUACCUAAUCGAUCUAUGAAAACUGAUUUAGACAACUUUAAAAAAAGUUUUUUAAGCACCACUUCAGUUUUCCUAGAUGGUUUUUCAACAACGAUGUCGGUUGAUAGUAUUUAUUGUACUCUAGCAAAAGUUGCUAGAAAUCUAUUGCAAGAAAUAGUUGAGUCUGUCGGUUGGAAGAAUGUUUAGUGAAUAGUUUACCCAAAGUAAUAAGGUUAAAUGCUCAAUAAAUUUUAAACCAAUAGACUUGAUUGCGGCUCUUUUGCAGACUGUUUAGUUGUUGAAUCUGCAGAAGGAAGUGCAAUAGUUAUAUUCGAUAUUUUUUUAAAGAAAAUAUUAGAUAAAAGCUGACUAUUUAAAUUAAUCAUGUAUAGUUCUAGUCGACUCUAUCUUAGCGAAAUAUACUUGCCAACAAUGACCAAAAACGAUCUUUUGUUGCCAAGAAAGAGCUGGAUUAUAUUUCGUUUUGAUAUGUAUUAUAUUAUUGCAUAGUACUUAAAUAUUUAAUUAAGUAGAUAUUAAUAUUUAAUAUAUUCUUUGUGUACUUUGUCUACUCUCAAUGUCCAAAGCAACUACAUUUAUGGUACUUAAGGAAAUUUAUUUAUUAAUUCGGUACUUAGCCAUUCAUUUACAUUUUCACGUUACUGUGUCACAAUCGUUUUGUUGCGUUUUUAUUCAUUUAUAUACCACCGAGUCAUGUUAAUAAGAACUUACCCAAUAAAUUUUAACUCUUCAUUGGUUAUUUUUUUUAUUAUUUUUAUUGCCUCAUACUCAAUUUUAGUUGAUAUUUACAUUGAAAAAGUAUUUCCUCGGGUUGUGUUUACAAAUUCUAAAUACAUUUUACUUAUGGGUCCGUCCAAUAAUAUGUGCUUGUGUCACUUUCUCAAACUUACUACAAAAUAUUAUUACAUUUUGGUAAGUAACUCGUAAAUGGUUGUGGAAUUCACUAUUAAUGUUACUCGAUAUUGUGAAAAUGUAAAUAUGUAAACUUAAGGUUUUGACUGAAAAAAUCUUGUAAAAUAUUUACAUACGAAACUACUAGAAACGUAAUUACCAAUUAUUUAAGAAAAACUUAUAAGAUUUUUUCUGCUGGCCAUGUAUGUAUGUAUACUUCUAAUUUAUGAAGGUUUAUCUCAUAUUGUAAGCCUCAGUUUUGAUAACUUUUAAUAAGCGAAAGUAGGAAUUUGUCCUUUAACUGAUGCCUUACCCACGUCAAUGCCAUUACAAAUAUAUUAAAAUAAAUGUAUACUUACUUAAUUCUUAAGAUUUUAGAAAUUAAAAACUAGCAUAUAUUAAUACCAGAGAAGACAAAUUGUAUUUAAGAUAUUUUGCACAGAAUCACUAUUUAAAAUGUCGCUGUUUUCUUUAAAAUCACCAGAAUCUACACGUUAUCAGGCUAGUUACAGAAACGUUAUACUUUAAUGGUGUUUCUCUCAUUAGCUAACGGCUUAAGUUAAAGAACAUGUUAGUACAAAUUCUUACUAGUUGUUAUCGUUCAGCCUAUAGUAAAAUGCAAAUUAUUUUAUAUCCAUAUUAAUUUACCAAAUGUAUAAAAACCAGUUAUAUACAAUAAAACAUAUUAUUUAUAAAGAAAA